AUGUUCACUUCCGACGUGGCUGCAGUCAGCUUUGUCGGAUUGUCACCUGAAGGUAAGCUAGGCCUCAGUAAAGAAACAAACGGCAGCGGUCUUGGCGCUCAUUUUUGUUUACAUCUCGCCCACCUGCCGCGAGCAACAAACAUCUGCACCUGCCCCAUCAUCAACUUCGCCAUGAGUGCAGAGAAACCGACCGUCUGGAACGCUCCAGCGUCUGCUCCGCUCAUCGACCCGAAUGCAUUCAUCGGCAAGAAGCCAGCCAAAGUCAUUCCGGUUCCAUCUGAGUACCGCCGUCAGACGCUUGCACGAGAGCGCGACACUCUUGUUCAUGACCUUAGAGUAGAGACCAACUGCCAUGUUGUCCCUCAUUGGGACCAGGGCAUGAUCAGGUCCUUCGACAUCUAUGGCGCUGCCACCUGUGUGGAGAAAGCCACUGGUCGCAUUAACCAUUGGAUCUCAAAUGCGCACACAAAAGCCUUGGCCGCCUCGGCUUGGGGAAAGAUCCCAGCUUACAACUACGACAAAUGGUAUUACAACAAGGUGGAAGAGUGGGAGAACACACGCAAGCAGCUCUACAGAGGCCCAAUCCCUGCGCAGAGCCAUGCAGAUGCGCCCAGCCACUUCGACGUCGUAGAUUGGCCGACUAUUCUCAGCGACGAGCUUCUUACCCCUCGAGACGUAUUUGGCGGCAAGCUCGAACGACUGGACAAGCUUCGUAUGCAGGACAAGGUUUGGUUGACACUGCAGCAGAACGAUAUUGGCACAUGGCAGAUCGAAAUCGCCGGGCAUGAGGACGCGGAGGUAGCAGUAGCAAAGGAACACUUGCAUACGCUGCUUGAUCAGGUGCGCACAGACGCUUCUGGUAUACAAAAUGCCUACAACAUUGUCCUGGACGAGCGUGAAGGCAUCGAUGUCGAACUACAACAGGAUGAUUCGUGGUGGCCAAACCACAACGACAGAGUUCUGCCGCGCCUACUUCCCUCUCCUAUGAUGGACAAACCUGGCAAUUUUCGCCAGGAAUUUCUGGCCGAGAAACACCUGGCGGGUAUUCAAAAUGCUGUUAAACAGGGACUCGACAGCGUUCGUCAUAAGAAAGGCUCGUACGAUUUUGCGAUUCGUCUGGGAUGCCUCGCGCUUAGCUCUAAACAUGUCAACGAUGAGAGAAUUGGCGAGACCUUCACUAAAGAUACGUUUCUGAAAGAUAUCAACGGAAGGAUUGCACUAGACGUAAAGAAAUGGCUCGCGAAUGAUGAGUUUGGCUACCGCAUUCUUCACCGGCUUAUGGCCAGGGGGGACGUUCUGGAGCCAACUAGGUCUGCUGCAUACUAUGGAUACAUCCCGAGUUCCUUGCCUGAAACCCGUCCAAUCUUCCGGGGAACUUGGGUGUUCCGCGACCCAAACAGCACUGUCAGUCUACCGCGGAUGGCACCUCGCCACUCGGGUCGCCCAGUACCUUUGAAACAGAGUUCUACAGCCAAGGAGAAUGCUUCUCCUCCCCCUUCAUCUCUAUAUGUCGUUCAGGUCGACUGGACAGACGAUGAGCAGGGCCAGUACGAGAGGGGCGUGCCUAUGUUCUAUCAACUUAAGCCUGGACAACAGGGUCCUGUCAAGAACAUGGACGUGAACAUGCUGGAGCUUGGAGAGAGCCGAGGUUGGCACUUCGCACUCGAGUCUCUAGAACCUGUUGCGACCCACACGGUGCCACCUAUUUUGGCCAGCUUUGUGAAAGGCGUCACCAUGAAGCACAACUACAACACGUCCUCUACCGGAAGCUUUGCAGAGUGGGAUUCUACACCCACCGUCAAGAGACACCUAGUCACGGGCCGUCUCGACAGCAUCUACUGCUUUGGUAUCAAGGAUACUUGCUACAAGGUGGAACUCACCGCUAUGUGGUACCCGCAACAGCAGAAGCCAGUCUGGGGCCUUGCUGUCCGCCACCCUGAGUGGGCGAGACAUCUCGCGGAGCUGGAAGAGCUCCCCGUUGGUCGCCGUGCGGAUUGGGGAGACACAAUCUUGAACUUCUUCCCCGAGGACGGUCAGAUGUCGACCUAUACUGCGGACACCGAGAACAUCGGCAUAGAGAGACUCAACAUCAGCGAUGAUCUUCCGGUCGGCAAUGGCCUUCGCAUCUUGGUGGAAUGCCUCUUGAGGCUGUCCGAGAUCGUUAGCUCGGUCACGGAUGAGGGGGGUAUUCAGCUCUGA